AUGUCUGGGGCCCAGGUACUGCGGUUCCUGAAGAGCCUGUCCAGGACCAAACCCCUGGAGCCUGAGGGUGAGGAGUCCAACUUCCGGCGUAACCUGACCACGCUGGACCUGGUGGCUCUGGGCGUGGGCAGCACCCUGGGGGCCGGUGUGUACGUGCUGUCGGGGGAGGUGGCGAGGACCGUGUCCGGGCCCAGCAUCAUCGUCUCCUUCCUGGUGGCCGCCGUCGCGUCCGUCUUUGCCGGGCUGUGUUACGCUGAGUUCGGGGCGCGGGUCCCCAAGACGGGCUCGGCCUACCUGUACAGCUACGUGACGGUCGGGGAGAUAUGGGCCUUCGUGACGGGCUGGAACCUGCUGCUGUCCUACGUCAUCGGAACGUCCAGCGUGGCCCGGGCCUGGAGUGGAACCUUCGAUGACCUCAUCGGGAACGCUAUCGCCGGAUCGCUAAGAAACAUGGCCGCCAUCGAUCUUCCCGGUCUGGCGCCUUACCCAGACUUCUUUGCGGCCGGCCUCAUAAUGUUACUAGCAGGGAUUCUUGCGUUUGGAGCCAAAGAGUCUGCUAUUGUCAAUAAGAUCUUCACAGCGCUGAACAUCCUGGUGUUGCUAUUUGUGAUCAUCAGCGGCUUCAUAAAGGGGGACAUUGAUAACUGGUACACCAGUGAGGAGUCCAUUCUCAACGAAACACUACAUGGUACCCUGGCGUUGAAUGAAACCAGUAGCUAUGGUAAAGGAGGGUUCUUCCCCUUCGGCCUGAAUGGAACCAUAUCAGGGGCAGCGACCUGCUUCUAUGCCUUCGUGGGAUUCGACUGCAUUGCCACAACUGGAGAGGAGGUCCAGAACCCCCAGAGGUCCAUCCCGCUGGGCAUCGUGGCGUCGCUCCUCAUCUGCUUCCUGGCGUACUUCGGCGUGUCGGCGGCGCUGACCCUGCUGAUGCCCUACUACCUGAUCAGCGUCCAGAGCCCGCUCCCUGUGGCCUUCGACUACAUCGGCUGGGCGCCGGCCAAGUACGCCGUGGCCGUGGGCUCGCUGUGCGCCCUGUCCACAAGCCUCCUGGGGUCCAUGUUCCCCAUGCCCCGGGUUCUGUACGCCAUGUCCCGGGACGGCCUGCUCUUCAAGGUGCUCAGCAAGUUGAGUGACAGGCAGAGCCCAGUCAUUGCUACGCUGGUAUCCGGUGCUGUUGCAGCGUUCAUGGCCCUGGUGUUCGACCUGAAGGCCUUGGUGGACUUGAUGUCCAUUGGAACUCUCUUUGCCUACACUCUUGUAGCCGUGUGUAUCCUCAUACUAAGGUACCAGGCGGAUCUCACUGAGGGCUCGGGUUCCAUCAAUCCAGAAUCCUUCUCUCUGAUGAGCACGCUGUCUCCGCCUUCACAUGCCACCCCUCGCACCUCCAGCACUGUGUCCAUGUUCACCGUCUCCAUCAUCUUCAUAGCCAUCGGUAUGAGCCUGCUGGUUAGUAAGGGAGGGGACUCCCUACGGGGCCAGGAGUGGUGGAGCCUCCUGGCCCUGACCGGGAUCCUGGUGCUCGUGGUGCUGCUGGUCGCUGCCAUCUGGAGACAGCCGCAGAACUCCACCACUGCUACCUUCAUGGUUCCCUUCCUGCCCGUGCUUCCCGUCCUCAGCAUUUUCGUCAACGUCUACCUCAUGAUCCAGUUGGGAUCCGACACGUGGGCCCGCUACGCCGUGUGGAUGGCAGUCGGUCUACUGAUCUACUUCUGCUACGGUGUGCAGCACAGUGUGCAGAAAAGAAGGCUUGAAAGCACACAAAAUGAUGUCAAUAUUCAGAACCUCCCUAGAAACUUUGAGUAA